ACCCACUGUAGAAGAAGCGGGCGCGAAUUGUCGAAACAAAUCAUAGCAGCUUCCCCUUGUCAGCAAGCACACCUAAAAUUGCAAGUCACACUCAACACCUGACUGAGAGCAUUGGAAAAUUGAGUGGGAAAGUUACUUCAAUGGCAAGUUAUCGAGAUUCCUUGUUAAGCGGAUGAUGAAUCCAGGUCCCUGGGCCAUGAGUUGACAAUGACGUGCACGGUGUAACGAGGGAAGGAUUGAGGCUCUGCUCCGCGUUCCUGAGAACGGUGACGAGGAGGAAGUCGUGCGGAACAACCCCGCCCAAUCAACGCGUCGAAUCCACUUCAACCCCACAACGCGUCCUUGCACUCCUCACCGCACAUUCACCCUUCACCAUCUUCCAAUCUCCAAAACCUCCUGCCGACACACACAAUAAUGUCAGAAGAGACCACGACGCCAGCACCAAACACUCACGAGCCACCAUCUCUCCCCGCCUCCCCACUCCCCAAACGCACACGAGUAAUCGACCCGACGCCCCUCGCCCAACAACCCUCCUCCUUCCCCCGCGGUUCCGACUCCGGCACCGCAACACCAACGCCCCUCGCAAUGACCCUCGAGCAGGACCAGCACCACCCCACACAUCCCAUCGGCAGCGCGACGGUCUCUGCCCUCCAGCCCGCUGCCCCCAUAGCCCCCAGCAUCGUCGCUGCCGCCGCCGCCCAGAUGCAGCUCCAGGUCCAGCUCCUGAGUGACAAGGCAUCUGCGCCCACCAAGGGCAGCGAGUUCGCCGCCGGUCAUGAUCUGUACAGUGCUCGUGACGUUGUCAUCCCCGCGAGAGGGAGGGCGAGAGUCGACACCGAUAUCAGCAUAGCAGUGCCUGUUGGAACAUACGGCCGCGUUGCUCCCCGCUCCGGACUCGCCGCCAAGCACGGCAUCGACACGCUCGCCGGCGUCAUCGAUGCAGACUACCGCGGCCAGGUCGGCGUCAUCCUCGCGAACCUGUCCGACGUGGACUUUGAGAUCAAGGUCGGGGACCGCAUCGCCCAAUUGAUCGUCGAGAAGAUCGUCAUGCCUAGCGUCAUCGUCGUCGAUAAGUUGGAGGAGAGUGUGAGGGGCGCUGGAGGAUUUGGCAGUACGGGUGGAUUUGGCUCGGCGCCUGCCAAUGGUGCUUGAAUGGAUACCUUACGAAUAAGCAGAAGCGCAUGGUGUAGUUGUCUGAUAGAAGGAUCGAAGGAUUAAAUAGGGCUUCAAAGAAGACCUCCACAAUGAGAUAUGCCAAAUAAAAGACAGGAAUACCUUUGCCAAUGAUCAAGAAUAGGGAUGUUACAACGUAAUAUUGGUAUCAACCACGCAGACAUGCUCAAGUCACCACAGUGAACUGGCGGACUCUGCUCCUAUCUAAUGUCUAUUGGUCAAUCGAAAUGAAUAUAUUUCGUCCC